AUGGAAGAAGUCGAAGCUGCGAACAGAGCAGCCGUGGAAAGCUGUCAUGGAGUCUUGAAUCUCUUAUCACAACAAACCACUAACCCCAAAUCCAUAAUGGUUGAAACAAGAGAAGCAGUUUCCAAGUUCAAAAGAGUCGCCUCUCUUUUGUCUGGAGGGUUAGGUCAAAGGAAGAUUAGGAAACUCAACAACAACCACAAGUUGCUUAAAUCUCCUUUGUUGCCGCAACACAUCUUCUUGGAAAGUCCCAUUUGCAGUAAUAAUGCUAAAAGUGGUUACAUCCCAGUUCUAGCACCAAAGCCACUUCAGAUGAUACCACCUGCUGCUGCUUGUUAUGGUCAAAUCCACCCAAAACAGAAACCGGGUCAUCAUCCUCCACUGAUGAUGCUUAACCAGAAAAUGUGUGUUGACAAGUCGUUCCUCGAGCUAAAGCCACCGUCUUUUCGAGCCGUCGACACAAAAGCGUAUCAGUUUAUCUCUAACCACCAGCAAGCAGUGUACUCUCGGAGCAACAGUGGUUUAAAUCUCAAGUUUGAUGGCCCUCCUGGUGGUGGCAGUUGCUACUCCCCAAGCAUGUCAAACGGAUCAAGAUCCUUUGUUUCUUCUCUCAGUAUGGAUGGUAGUGUGACGGACUGCGAUAGAAACUCGUUUCAUCUCAUCGGAUUACCUCAAGGAUCGCAGCAUUCAAGGAGGACGAGCUGCUCUGGUAGUUUGAAAUGUGGAAGUAGGAGCAAAUGUCAUUGUUCCAAGAAAAGGAAAGUGAGGGUGAAACGAUCGAUCAAAGUACCCGCAAUCAGUAACAAGAUUGCAGAUAUACCUCCUGAUGAAUACUCGUGGAGGAAAUACGGACAAAAGCCAAUAAAGGGUUCUCCACAUCCUAGGGGAUACUAUAAAUGCAGCAGCGUGCGAGGUUGUCCAGCAAGGAAGCAUGUUGAACGAUGUGUAGAAGAAACAUCUAUGCUAAUUGUGACUUAUGAAGGAGAGCAUAACCAUUCAAGAAUGCUCUCUUCACAAUCAGCUCACACUUGA